AUGACCGCUUUCCCUGUCCCUCAGCCAGGGGCAUCCCUCCUCCUCGCCUUCCGUCCUGUGAAGAAAAUAGUCCUUGUAAUCGGCGGAAACCAACUCGCGGCCUCGCGGCAUUCGCCGCUCUUGAAGCUCAAGCUCUUGUUACCGUUGUUGCGAAAGGCGGCCGGCCGUUGCUGCGAGGAGCUUCGAUGGCGUGCUGAGCAAGGCCAGCUUUCCCUCGUUGACCUCGAUACCCUCCCCUGUUCUAUCACUGGCCCCGCCGACCACACGCGUGACGGCAAGGCGAUCGACACCUUCGUCUACACCCUCCCUGACCGCGUGGAGCUCGUCUGCAUCACCGACACCGUCACCUCCCCCGCCUCUGGCUUCCGCCGCGACUGGGACUCCGCCGAGCACAUCGUGCGCCUCUGUCAACAUCGCGGGAUCCCCACCAACGUCGCGGACAUGCCGGACCUUUGCAGCUUCACCUUCAUGGCCUCCCACCGGUUCCCCGCCGCUGACUCCAAGAGCGCCUCACCUCUCCAGCGCGACAUUAUCGCAUCCCUUCCGAAGGAAAUAGGAAGCGCGGUAGAGAAUACGGGCAAGCUCAGAGCGCUCGCGAAAUCUUCCGACGCCGAUGUCCGCGACCUCUCGGACGACCAGGAGCUCAGCGAAGAUAGCGCGCCCGGGACCCCAAAUGAACCCAUCGAGCAGAGGACAACAUACUGGCCUAUCUCGCGCCUGGCGCGGUUGACAGACGAUGGCAUGGGCGCGGUUCUCGACGGCGAAGACGGCCUUCGUUCACUAUCUGCUCCAGGCAGGAUUUCGCCUGAAGACGCGCUUGUCACGCCGGUCCAUCAGCUCACCCUCACCCCGCCGCGACAAGGCCGGAUUUUCCUCGUGGGCUCGGGACCUGGUCACCCUUCCCUCCUCACGGUCGCCACUCACGCCGCCCUUACGAGACACGCACAGCUCGUUCUCUCGGACAAGCUCGUGCCAGCCGCCGUUCUCGACCUCAUACCAUCCGGCGUGGAGGUCCGUAUAGCAAGGAAAUUCCCCGGCAACGCAGACGGAGCACAGACCGAACUGAUGGAGGCCGCCGUCGAAGCUGCCCGGCGCGGUCUGACAGUCGUCCGCCUCAAGCAAGGCGACCCGACCGUGUACGGCCGUGUCGGCGAGGAGAUCCUCUACUUCCGAGCGCACGGCAUCGAGCCCGUCGUCGUCCCAGGCGUCAGCUCCGCCCUCGCGGGCCCCAUCUUCGCCGGCAUCCCCGUCACCCAACGCGGCGCCGCGGAGUCCUUCGUCGUCUGCACUGGCGUCGGCCGCGCUGGGCGCUCCGUUUCUCUCCCCGGCUACGCGCGCUCCCGCACGCUCGUCGUCCUUAUGGGCGUCGCGCGUCUUCCCCAACUGCUCCAUGCGCUCCUGGCGGAGAACGGAGCGCGCGACGGCGCGCCGUACCCUGCGCACACCCCCGUCGCGCUCAUCGAGAGGGCGUCGAUGCCGGACCAGCGUGUGGUCAGCUCGACGCUUCGCGACAUCGCUGCGGGACUGGAGAGCAUCGGGGAGCAGCGGCCGCCGGGGAUGUUGGUCAUUGGGUGGUCCGUCCCGUCGUUGUGGGCCGAGGGCAACGUCACGGUGCUCGAAGAAGGUGCAGAGGCGCACGAUGAGGAGCGCGUCAGUGUUUGGUUAGAGGGCAAACGUUGGCGAGUUGCCGAGGGCCUCGAAAUGCAUUGGGGAGAGUGGUGA